UACUGGGGCAUUCACUGACUGCACUUCCAUCUAGUGAGAGAAAUAUUACAGGCUCUAGGAAUAUCAGUGUGCACUCAACCUCUCUCUCUCUCUCUCUCUCUCUCUCUGAAAACAAGAUAUACCCCCACCUUAGAAGACAUAUAAAGGACGAACAUCAAUUCUGAGCCAGACCUCUGCUUUCCACACGGUCCACAUGACUGAGCCAUGCAGCAGCGCUGAACAGCAGACCAAAACCUGUGUGCUUGGUUGAAACAAGAUGUCAUCAGCCAAUGAGAAUGGAGUCAGCGGGUCUAGCAAUAACAGUAGAGAGAAAACAUACAAAAAGACUACAUCAUCUGCCCUGAAAGGAGCUAUCCAGCUUGGCAUUGGUUACACCGUGGGGAAUCUGACCUCAAAACCUGACCGAGAUGUGCUCAUGCAGGACUUCUAUGUGGUGGAGAGUGUGUUUUUACCCAGUGAGGGAAGCAACCUGACUCCAGCGCAUCAUUACCCAGACUUCCGUUUCAAGACUUACGCACCACUGGCUUUCCGCUACUUCCGCGAGCUGUUCGGGAUCAAGCCAGAUGAUUACUUGUAUGCUAUUUGUAAAGAGCCCCUGAUUGAGUUGUCUAAUCCGGGCGCCAGCGGCUCACUCUUCUACCUGACCAGCGAUGAUGAGUUCAUCAUCAAAACCGUCCAGCACAAGGAGGCCGAGUUCCUGCAAAAACUGCUUCCAGGAUACUACAUGAACCUCAACCAGAACCCAAGGACUCUCCUACCCAAAUUCUACGGCCUGUACUGUGUUCAGUCUGGAGGAAUCAACAUCCGUCUCGUGGUUAUGAACAACGUUCUGCCACGGUCUUUAAAGAUGCACUACAAAUAUGACCUGAAGGGCUCCACGUACAAGAGACGGGCUUCUCGAAAAGAGCGGGAAAAGGCCUGCCCCACAUAUAAGGACCUAGACUUUGUGGACAUGCACGAUGGCUUGUACUUUGACACUGAGACAUAUAACGCCCUGAUGAAGACGCUACAACGAGACUGCCGGGUGCUAGAGAGUUUUAAGAUCAUGGACUACAGUCUGUUGCUGGGGGUGCACGUUCUGGACCAGAGUCACAGAGAAGGAGACGUCAACAAUGGGGACGGGAAGAGGAUCGUGGGACAGAAAGUUCUUUACUCCACCGCCAUGGAGUCCAUUCAGGGAGACGGCAAGGCAGCUGAGGCUUUGACCACCGAUGACACAAUGGGAGGUAUUCCUGCAAAAACACACAGGGAUGAGAAACUACUUAUUUUUCUAGGCAUUAUCGACAUCUUGCAGUCUUACAGAUUCAUGAAGAAGCUGGAGCACUCCUGGAAGGCACUCGUCUAUGAUGGUGAUACAGUGUCUGUGCACAGGCCGGGUUUCUAUGCAAACAGAUUUCUCAAGUUCAUGAGCACCAGAGUAUUCAGAAAGAUUCACCCAAACCGUUUCUCCCCUGGCAAGAGGGCACGUAACUCCAUAUCAGCGCUGAAGUGUUCUUCUCAAGAGGUGCUGUCCCCGCCGAAGGAGGAGAAGCCCGAGGAGAGAGUGGACAGGCUUGGAGGAGCUCGUAGUCUUGCAAGUCUGGAUGGACAAGUGUUCUGGUCCUAUAACCGUCCUGACCUGGUCCCUCAGACUCCUUACCCACAUGAAGCCUCUUCCUUGAGAAACACCCGCUCCCCGCCCUCUAUAUUCGUCACAGAUCGGUACCUGAAGGCCAGAUCUAAUGAAAGAUGUGCCUGCUCGACUUUUACAUUGGAGGACAGCGCCAUCUGUCUGACGUCUGAGCAAAGCACCAUGGACAUAGAUAGAGAUGACGACUCAGUGCUGGAUGUCUAUUUUUGAGGAGCAAAAUGAGAGGUUUCUUCAUCUCUCCCCUCCCCAUCACCUCUGGAUCCUCUUGUGCCAAGAGCGCCCCCUGCUGCCAAACAAAUAAAAGAAGUCAUCGUGCUGACUUUGCCAAUACAACAACUACAAAAAGACAUUUGUACAUCUCCUUGGACUGUUUGAAUGGACUGUGGCUGUAAGAUGGACACGCAACCAAAGGCAGACUCAAAGAACUCCACAGAUUUUUACAUUAAAGGCAGCAAAGACAGAGACUGAAGAUAGACGUGACAUGCAUAGACAUGCAAUAAAUACACUCCUCUGAUAUGCAAAGAUGGUUUCUAACGGCUAUCCUCUUUACCUUCUAGUCUUUAGUGUCUAGAUGCAAUGCUUGGCGAUUCAACUCUAGCUAACAGAGCUGUUCAGAUAUUUUUAAAUGUGCAAUUUUUCAUACAUUAUACAAGUGUGUGUUAUGGUAGUUCUCCUCACUGGAGCAAUAAUCCUGCUGUUUUAUUUCCAAGGAAACACACAGUUUCUAGGAAACAAUGGAAGUGUGACUUUAGUUCUCAGACAUCUCUUAUGAGCACAGAUGUGUGACGUACUGUAAAUGUAGGAGUGUAACUUCAGUCAUUCUCAGAUUUAUGCUGGUACACAAGCUCCUGAUAAUCAAGAGUGGGACUCGCAUCAGCAGUGUAUCAUUUACAUCUAUCCAGAUGCCAGGGUGUUUUUAUGUGCUUAAAUGCAGAUUAGGAGUCAAUCUUUCAUGUGGGGAUUGGGUGAGUUUCAUACACUCAUAUACAUUCUCUCUGGAGAUACAUUCUCUCCUUUUAGAGGCGUCCAAACGAUUGCUUGAUGUUAUGCUAGUGCGCUUCUGAUUUUAAAUGCCAUGUCAGAACUGUCUUUUGAAUAUUAUUAUUGCACCUAUGUUUGUUUUAAGGCCAUAAUUUAUUAAAUCAUUAUUAUAAAUUAA